CCGCGCUCAAAUGCCAGCGGAGGAAUAAAUGAAGAGGUCCAACGGCUGAGAAAGGACCGCCAGCUAUUCCAAAGCCAACCCCGCCCAGCCCUCGGAUAACUUCGGCACACCCUGUGCGUGGGUCAGGGCUCCCCGUUCAUAGCGCACGUCGCAGCACCUCGGAGAGAACCAGCCGCCCUGGAAAUUAACAUCAGGUUCACAGGGGACCAUGUCAGAAGGGGACAGACCUAGAAGUGGCCUGAGCAUAGCCAGCAGUACAGCCACCAUCUCUUCCGUCUCCAUGGGAACAAAGCCACGCUCAGCCCGGCCUGUCCGGAAGGUGCACACAUUUGGGAAGAGAGCAAACUCCAUCAAGAGGGACCUUAACUCUCCUGUUGUCAUGCGUGGCUGGCUUUAUAAACAGGAUAGCUCUGGGCUCAAACUGUGGAAACGGCGCUGGUUCGUCCUUUCCAAUUACUGCCUCUUCUACUACCGAGACAGCCGUGAAGAGAUGGUUUUGGGCAGUAUCCUCCUCCCCAGCUAUGCGAUUCGGACAGCGUUCUUCAAGGAGAAGAAGAACCGCCGCUUUGUAUUCAAGGCUGAACAUCCUGGCAUGCGAACUUAUUAUUUCAGUGCAGACACCCAAUUGGAUAUGAAUAGCUGGAUCAGGGCCAUGAACCAGUCAGCUGCUGCUGAGUGCGACUGUGGAAACUACAACCAAGGGGGUCUCCACAGCCAGUCAGUGUCCACCCACACCAGCUUUGAGGACAUCCGGCUCCCCCAGGACAAUUAUGCCCAAAGCAUCGAAUCACUGGAAAUUGCCCAUAUCUCAGGGACCCAGGAGGCCCAGGCCUCAUCAUCUGAGAGCCUCCAUUUGCAUGACAACCAGAAGGGAUCUCCUUCCCUCAAGAGGACUUCUUUAUCCAGCUCGCUCAAUGGAAGAUACUGCCAUGAAAGGAAAGAGCAGCCAGAAUUGAGUUCCCUGUCUUCCCAGACGCAUGGAUGCCCCUCUCCUAUUACUUGCACUAAGUUUUCUUCCCGGCCACCGUCCCCACCACCACCUUCAUCUGAGAGUCCACCUCCUUCUUCUCCAUCUCGGGCAUCUCAGCCUUCCCCUCUGCUUUCCCUGCGUUCCUCCCGUGCCUACUCUCUCCCGGUAACCCCAGCCAAAUCCCCACAGAUGCCACAGGCUCACUCGCCAGACACACAUGCCCAUCGGAGCCCUCCACGAUCUGCAGUUGCACAAGCUGCCUCCUGUGAUGAUCUCUCUGUCAUGACCUCUCCAAGGACUCUUCUGCAUGCCAACACUCCCAUGGGGAGGGUAGACAUUGCCCCCAACAAAUGCCUUCCCAGUAACCCCUAUGCUGUUGCAUCACCGGCCAACAAAGGCCGCACUCUGACCCCUGCAGACCGGUAUGAUGUGUUCCCUACUUCUGAAGACUCCUAUGACAGGCGCUACGCUCAGAGUCCUCAUCCCAGUAGAGUCCGGCCUGUAGGUGAAGAGGGCCUAGCCCCAUCAGUGGGGAGACAGCAACAAAACAGAUUUACAGACCGAGGUUACCUCUCUCCAUCAGUUGGGCCAUCCCGUUCUUUGGUCAUGUCUCGGCUUCAUGGCCGACUGAUCAGCCCCCACUCUGCCUCAUCAAGCUACCUGCACCUGCCACCCCUUCCUCCUGCGGCCAACCGGCCCACCCCAGGGAAAAGGACAUCUUUAGGAAUCACGGGCCGAAACCCACUGUGGGAAAGGAGCAGUCAUUCUGGCAGGCAGCGGUUUGAAAGUGACACCGAUACACUCUUGACAAAAUUAUGUGGCCAAGACAAGCUGCUUCGAGGCCUGGAAGAUGAGACAGGGCAGCUUCGUAUUGAAAAGGAACGUCUUGAAAAGGCCUUGGAGUUAACACAUUUGAGGCUGGAGGAGUGUAAAGGCCAAGAUGCCACUGUGGAGAAGAUCUGCUAUCAGCAAAGACAACUGCAAGAUGAACUGGUGCAUAUCCGUGCCCGACUCUGUGAUCUUGCAUUGGACAGUGACCGAGUGUGGGAGGAUUAUACGGCCUUGGAAAAUGAUGUACAGAUGCUGAAGGGCUCCUUAGAGCAUAUCCGGACUUCAGGGCAUCCCCAGGACCAAGCAGCAGCUCAACAGGAUUUGUGGAGAAUCCAUGACAUCCUGGCAGGAUUGAGAUACAGCCCAGCAAACUAUCGUACCCUGGAAAACCGAAGAUCAGGUGUGUCUCCAAGCUCACCCUCAGCUCUGGAUUCUCAUUUGGGGGCCAAUCAUCACCCUUUGCUUCCCUGCACCGAAACAGAGGAACCCACAUCCAGCUAUGGACCAGAGACGGGAAAACCAGGCAAAAUGGGGGGCCAGCUGGAGGGCAAACAGGGCCCUGGUUCAGCAGAUUGGCAGCAAAGCCCAUCUCCCUCCAGCAGAGGGCAGUCGGGAGCAUCUCAGCAUCUGGAGAGAGUCAAGGGGUCCCCACACCGUUCCUUCAUUGAGCCCCCAGAGUCUGAGAAAGGGAAGCUGGGGAGAGGAGCAGAUUCUACUAGACCAGAUCAUGAAGGCUGCAUCCAUAGAAGUGAAGAUCCUGAACACAGUGUUGUCAAGGUGGCCUCUUCUGAAGUGACCAUCACUCGCCGGUCCCGCAUGAGCGCCCAGGAACAGCUGGACAGGAUGCAGCGGCACCAGGAAGCCAAACGGAAAUCCGAGGCUGCCCAGCCCUCUCCCCUGGGCCACUGGCGAGACUCUCUCAAGCGUGGGUCUAGCCGGCCCCUCCCCAAUGCCCCCCCUGAGUCAUCACCCAAGGAGGGAGUGCAAAUUGGGGAACUCAAGCCUCCUCGAUGCCCCCCAACCCCUGAGUGGGAGCGACAGCGAGUAAUCCAGCUCUCCUAUGCGCUGGCGACAGAGGCUUCGCAGCGGGGAAAACUCAUUACAGGAAGGACCAGCUCUCGCUCCUCCCUAGAUGAUUUGCUUGCCUCACAAGAUGCCUUGAACCAUCACUGUUUUCCUGGGAAUGGCACCUCCCUAAAGCCAGACUCUACUAAUACAACAGCUGAACAUGAUCAAACAGUUGCUCAGAAUCCCAGCUGCAACAGUAGCUCUAAAGUUGCAAACCAGGUGCCAGCUUCAUCCCAAGCAACCAGUCCAGCGUUGAGUGCAUCAGAAGCUUCUGAUUGGUCCGUGCCUUGUCCUUGCAAGCAAAGUUGGUUGUCAUCCAAGGUGAAGACUCCAGAGCCAACAUCACACCAGUUUGACUCAACCAGAGAAGAGCCAUUCCUACUCAGCGGCCCUCACUGGGAGGAACCCUUGCCUCAGCCAACCAGUUGGAACUCAUGUGUUUGCAGAACAGCCAAUUGGGUUUUGCCUCCCUUAUGGGACUUGGAGAUGUGGGCAUCUGAUCAAAAGCUAGUGGGCAGUCCGAGCCUAAACAAUGGUAGGUGUGUCAAUUGGAGAGGUGAGCCUCAUCAGGUGGCAGCGUAUUUUAGAGAAAUGGCACAGCCUGUCAAAGUCACCUUGAUAAAAUCAAGUUUUUAACUCAAGUGGGUAGAGGAUGAAGAGAAGUCCUGCAGCAUGGUAAAAAAAGUAGGGAGAAGCCCCUACAAGUGGUUGCCUCAGAACGAGAUCGCCAAACCCUAGAAAUAUUCAAAACAAGAAUGGUUAAAACCUUGGCCUGUAAGGUCAGAAAUGGUGUGAUAUUUUCUUGCAUGUGAACAUCCCCAACAAAGGACAUGCAUUUCCAGACCACCUUUUCCCAGUCACUGCCUCACUAAUUCAUCCCAGUCUAGAAGUGUGCUUUAUCAUGAAAAAUGCUUUUUAGUUUUCAUUCCCAGACACUCUCAGAAAUAAAUCAUGAUGAGUUCCAUGACCUUAGUCUAUAGAUUCACAUACUGGGCUGGGAAAUGGGAAUCCCCAAGUUCAAAUCCCUGCACAUUCAUGAAGUUUAGUAGUUAUGGCACAGAAUGCUCUUAUUUCUUUAUGUUUUAGAUGGGCAAAAUCCACCUAGAUUGUCUGAGGAAAUGGCAGUAGGAAGUGGGUUUUUUUUUUAAGGGACAAAGCUAAGGCAUCCAUGUACAGAUGCUUGUUUAUAGUGGGAAACUCCUAAAAAAUAAGCUUGAAGAUGCACAAGUGUUUGAUGAGAAACGUAGAAUUGAUGGAUAUCCCUGCCUGUUGGUCUCUGUAGAUACUCAUUCAUAUCCACCUAAGCCAUUCUGAAGACACACUGUACAUCCUAGUUGGGUGAUACUGACACUUCCUGCAAAUUCACUUUUGCUUAUAACCUUGCAGGAAUUAUUGGCUUCAAAGAGACAGUUUAUCAUUCCAGCUUGCAAGCACCUGUGUUCCAGUGGUGGUGUCAUUUUCUGAGACGUCAUUCAACUCCCAGAUCGCAGAUUUUUUUUUUAAAAAAAAUGUCUUAAUCUGCAUUGAAAGUAUUUGAGCAGCAUACCCCAGGCAGUGAAUAUAGGAACACAGAUGUUUUUUCAGCAUGUGCUUGUGUAUGACUGCUGAUACCCUUUUCAUAGUUUGGUUUGUUAUGGUUAUGGUAAAUGGUUAUCUUUUUUUAACUGUAAAUAGGGAUGGGCUUUCAGACAUACGGGUUAUUUUCUUGGAAUGUCCUAUCAAAAUGCGAGCUCUGCUUCUAGAUGACAUAAGAAGCAGCUGUACCUACAUAAGAAGAAGAAAAAAUUGCAAAGCAAGGAAACUGCCACUCAGAUGGGUGAAUGGGAGUUACAGCUACAAUUGGGAAGAGAAAGAGUAUAAAUAGUUUGAUUGUGUGGGGAGAAUGAUUGGGCAGUGGCUGUGUCGGAAAACCAUUUGGAUCUGUCCAAGCAAGCACAAGGCAUGUUUCUCAUAAAAGUUAGUGCCUCUUAAAACAAAGGUAAUGAUUUAUUUUGUGAAUGCAACUAAAAACUGGCUGACUUGUUCCCAGUACAAACAGUUGGUGGCCUGCCGAGGAACACAUCCCAUAGAAUUGACUGGAAUGGACAUGCCAUUUUGCCUAGAGCUGCAGCAAACAAACGGAGGGAAGUGGGUAAUAGAAUGAACAGGAUAAGGGGAUGGAAAGUGCAGAAAGUGAGAAUAUGUUUAAUGAAAAUAGAGGGGUUUUUUUCUUAGCGUUUUUUGCGCAGUUGCAAGGUCUGCUUUUCCGGAUCAACUCAAUGUUGAUCUGUUGGUUAUGACAGGAAUUGACCGACUGGCUUGUUGCCUGAGCCUGACGUGGGCUGAGAGAGCAAGACUGGCCCAAAGUCACCCAGCUGGCUUUCAUGCCUAAGGUGGGACUAGAACUUAGUCUUCUGGUUUCUAGCCUGGAGCCUAAACCACUAGACCAGUCUUUCUCAACUUUUUGACCCUGGAGGAACCCUUGAAAUAUUUUCCAGGCCUUGGGGAACCCCUGCACAUUCAGCCUCAAAUAUAGGUCAGAAGUUAUAAAAUUAUUAUAUUCGUUUGAUGGGUAGGCCUGUAUAUGUGCAUUAACAGUGUUCUU